GCCGCACGGAAGAGAGAGCGGGAGACCGAUCGAGGGGCGCCAUCGAGGCAGCAAGGCGAGCCGGGCGUAGAUCAGGGUGGGCCCAACCCGAGUCCUCGCCUCCCGGCUGGGCAGAUAUCGUUCCCCUUAACUGAGAUGGACGUGGUCUAAUCUCCACCGAGUCAAAGAAUGGCCACUAGCUCUGAGCUUCCCACGGAAGACGGACAGGUGUCCUUGGGCAUUGACGAUCUUCACUUUUCAUUGCAAGCUGAGCAGGAGGACACGCAGAAGAAAACCUUCACCUGCUGGAUAAACUCGCAGUUGGCAAAGCACACACCUCCCUCGGUUGUAUCUGACUUAUUUGCAGACAUUAAGAAGGGCCAUGUCCUCCUGGAUCUGUUAGAAGUUCUCUCAGGACAGCAGUUGCCUCGGGAUAAAGGAUAUAAUACAUUCCAGUGCAGAAUCAACAUAGAACAUGCCCUGACAUUCCUGAAAAACAGAUCGAUCAAGCUAAUAAAUAUCCAUGUUGCUGAUAUUGUGGAAGGAAACCCAUCCAUCAUUCUUGGCCUGAUUUGGACCAUCAUACUGCACUUCCACAUUGAGGAGCUUGCUCGGACUCUGCAUUGUGAUUAUAAUCAACCUUCUUCGGACAUACCUUCUUCGGACAUACCUUCUUCGGACAUCGUGAAUGCGGCCGAUUCAUCUCCUACCUCAAGUCCUCCGGCUAAGAAGUUCUCCAAAGCACAAGCUCAAGCAAGAUGGCAGUUGUCUGCAAAGAAGGCCCUUCUUCAGUGGGCUCAGGAGCAGUGUGCCACAUCUGAGUCUGUCAGUGUGACAGAUUUUAAGUCAAGCUGGAGAAAUGGGAUGGCCUUUUUGGCUGUCAUUCAUGCCUUGCGGCCGGACCUGAUUGACAUGGACAGUGUGAGGCACAGAUCCAGCAAAGAGAAUCUGAAAGAGGCCUUCAGGAUCGCGGAGCAUGAGCUGAAGAUCCCCAAAUUGCUGGAGCCCGAAGAUGUAGAUGUCAUGAAUCCUGACGAGAAGUCCAUCAUGACUUACGUGGCGCAGUUCCUGAAGUAUUCAAGGGAUGCCCCUGGCGCUGGAACUUCAGCUCAGGUCAAGGUGAAGGAUGCUAUGGUAUGGCUAGCCCUGCAGGAGAAGAAACUACAGAAGUUGCAGAAGGAUUCAGCGAGUGAGACCUAUUUUAACAAGUAUCACAGUCUGCUCUCCUUUAUGAAAUCCCUGAAUGAAGAAAAGGAGCCCUUUGUGGACGUCCUGUCACUGGAAGGGAGCAGGAAUGAGCCGAAUGAAGAUCACUUACGGUUGAGACAAGGCUGGGCCGGCCUCAAGCACCAGGUCGCUGUGUGGAAAGCCCAGCUGGAUGACGCUUCGCCUUCACCGCUCAAAGAGACCGAAGCAUGGCUCAAGGAUGUGGAGGGACUUGUGGAGGAAGGGCUGCCUGCCUCCCAGAAUCAUUCUGAAGCUGUGGCUCUGAUCCAAGGGAAAAUGUCUUUAUUCAAGAAUCUGAUGGCCAGCUCUGACUACCAUUUGAAUAUUCUCCUGGCCUUUGAAAACAGAGAUGAGAACCAGCCGCCCGUCGUGCCACCUGACAAGCUAGAGGAGAUGAAAAGACGAGUCAACAACAUGUUGGGUAGACAGUUCAUCCCUCUUCUGGGGUUUCAUGGCUCCAAGUGCGCAGUCCUUGCUCUACUAGAUGAAGCCAAGGCGAAGCUGGAUGUUUGGAAUGUCACUUACGGGAAUGAAGAGUCUGUGGCCGUCCUGCUGGAAGACUGGCAUAAAUUUAUUGAAGAGAAAAAAUUCUUAGCUCAACUUGAUACUUCUUUUCAAAAAUGUGAAGAAAUGUAUAAGAAUUUGGCUGGGGAGUGUGAGAAUGUUAAAGAGGAGUAUGUGACGUUGGAAAAGAAUGUUCACGCGUGCAGACAACGCAUACAUAACACAAAGGCCAUGCUGCAGAGAGUGCUGGCAUGUUGGGCGACCUACAAGGAAGAUCUCCCGCUAGUAAAGGCUUCUUUUGAGGCGACGAAGAAGGAACAAAUUAAAGAGAUUCCCUUCGAGACCCUCUCCCAGUGGAAUACAAAAUGCGCCUCUCUGAACGAGGUGGGAAGUUUCCUAGUUGGCGUCAGCAAUGGUGAAGUUGGAUCAUCUGUUUCUAAAGAACUGAGAAGACUGAAUAAAAGAUGGAGAAAGUUUAUCCCAAAGACUCCACUCGAACUGAAACUGCCACUUACGGAAAAUCAGGACCAGCCCACCAGGGACAGCUCUGGAAUGAUGCUAUGUGAGGAAUCGGCUGGGCCCGCAGAACCUCACGAAAGUCAUGGUGAGGACUUAAAGAAACAGGAAAUAGAAGAUGACGAAUCAACUGCACAGUUGAAGGUGAAUGAAGAGGUUGAAAAACUCAUCAAAGAGGUGAAAAUCUGGGAGUCAGAGACCAAAACCAGCUUGGAUCUCCUCCGACAUGCAGAUGACGUGAAUGGCUCCUCGGUGGACGCCUUGCAGCAUCUCAUUGCUAAAGGCUCUAUGUACGAGGAGCUUCUGGCCAGAACUGAAGAUACUCUACAGAUGGACGUUCAAAGUGCUUCGAACCUGGAGUCCUUCCAGAAUGUCCUCAGAGCCGGGCUUCAGGCAAAGAUUCAAGAAGCCAAGGAGGGAGUCCAGAUCACCAUGGUAGAGUUGUCUGCCGUGUGUAAGAACAUAACUGAUGAAUCCCAGGAGCUAGAUGCGAGGCUAAAGGUGGAAGAGGCACAGAAGGCCCUUGAGUCCCACAUCACGAAAGCCCAGCAGUUACUUGGGCAGAGGGAGCGCCCUGGUGGACUCGUUGAGAAGUACAAGGAAGCAUUAGGAAUUUUUAAUACCAACAGUUUGGCCAAGUAUCUGCAAGCUGUUGAAGAACUGAAGUGCAAUGUCCCAGGUGAUGCGAAGCUGCACCUGGAAGAGCAGUGUCGAGCCGCACGCGCCAAGUGGGAGUCUCUCCAUCACAAAAUUUCUGUGUAUAUCCAACAACUAAAAAUAGACAUUGAAGAAGGAAAGCUGAGAGACAAUAUUGCAAAACUUGAAAAGCAAAUAAAUAAGGAGAAGAAGCUUCUCCGCCGAGGGAAGACCAGGGGCCUCGCCAAGGAGCACGAGGCUUGCUUCUCUCCUGAUAGUGUUGCAUGCCAGCUAGAACACCAUGUGGGUAUCUUGAGGAUGCUGUGUGAAGAGCUGACUUCACCAGAGAGUCAACAGGAAUUGAAGAGAGCACUCGGAGAUUAUGAACAAAAGAUAGAGAGACUUCUGAAAUGUGCUUCCGAGGUUCAUAUGACCCUGCGGUCCUCCCAGGCAGGCGCGCUGAAGGAGAGGGGUGCCUUGACCACACCUGAGAAUGGCAGGAGGGAUGCCCACAGCGAGGCACUGCUUGAGACACCAGAUAACCAGCUGUCUACUGAAAAGGCAAUGGAACCCGUUAAGAACUUUAGCCGGACACCAGAAUUGAAGCCUCAGCAAGAAGGAAGGGCUAUGGAGAAGAAAGGGAAGGAUUGCAGCACUCUAAGUGACUUAUGGGAAAGGUAUGAUACACAGAGAGACAUUCUUGAGCGGCACCUGCAGGACAGCAAAUCCAGGCUCACGUCUGACUUUCCUAGUGGAAGGGAAAGGAGCAGUGCUUGCCUGCAGGGUGAGCUGGCAGAGCUGCAGGUCUUCAAAGCGGACGCCGGUGCUCGCUGGGAUGAGCUUGAAGCCACUUCACUGACUCUAGAAAGUCUAGUGAGCGACACGGAGAAGCCCGCACUAGCCCAGGCCAGAGACUUAUUAAAGGAAAAAGAACACGAACUUCAGAAGCUUCUGAACACCAGAAUGGAGUCACUGGAGAUGGCCCUGCAGAUCGUAUUGCCCCUGGAGAAGGAGUGUGCUCUCCUUUGCGGCCCCCAUAUGCCCUUUCGCACAGUGACUGUCCAGGACCUGCAUCCCGUGAAGGUUGAUGGCAUCUAUCAGAAUCUGCAGGUUACCCGAGAUUCCAUAGCGAAGCAGAUCAGACUGUGUGCCAAUUUAGAGGAGCCGUGUGGCUCAGUCCCAGUGGAUUUACACACACUCGAUCAGCGUGCAAUUCAGGACAUUGUGCUGAAAUGCAGACUCCAGCUGGAGACCAUGAACCAGAAAGUAGAGAUGAGUGAAGAUGCCCUGAAGGCUCUGGAGGAUUUUUUAGCUUCUCUGAGAGCUGCGAAGCUCCCUGCAGACCCUCCUGCCGCGAAUGCAGCAGAUGGUACUCUGGCCGUGGGGGCUAUGGAGGAAGACAUCCUCCUGCUGAAAGAGAAGGCCGGGCCUUUGGAUGAAAGCUUGAGGAUGCUUGGCAUAAACGUCAAAGAUGCCAAGGGAGGGGAGUUUACCACCUGUGAGGAGCUUCUUGGUUCUUUGUCAGUAAAGGUCUCAGACUUGCACGGCCAGAGUAAACAGGAGGGGCUCACCGAGAACAAGACCUUAUUGGAGGCUUGUAGUUCCAGAAAUUAUGAGCUCUUUAAAAAUAUUCAAGACAUCCAGAAUCAGAUCAGUAAAAUUGGUCUUAAGGAUCCCACUGCGCCAGCUGUGAAACAUCGGAAAAAAUCAUUACUCAGGCUGGAUAAGGACCUAGAUGGAUUUGAAGAAGAGAAGAUGCGCAUACAACAAAUGGCUAAUUCUCUUCCGAAAUUCAAAGACGGCCAAGAGAUAAUGGUGAUUCAACAGUGUCAAGAUACAGCAGCCUUGUGGGAGAGUACAAAAGCUUCUCUCAUUGAGUGCCUUGAACAGUGUGGAAGUGUUCUGGAGCUGUUAAAACAGUAUCAGAAUUUUAAAAACAACUUGACAGCAUUGAUUCAAAAAGAAGAGGCCAUCAUCUCCCAGCAGGCUUCCUACAUGGGCAGGGACAACCUGAAGAAGAAGGUCGCAGAGAUUGAAACUGUCAAAGAAGAAUUCAAUGAACAUUUAGAAGUUGUAGACAAGAUAAAUCAGAUUUGUAAAAAUCUACAAUACCAUCUCAAUAAAAUGAAAACCUUUGAAGAGCCCCCUUUUGAGAAAGAGGCUAAUGCUAUUGUGGACAGAUGGCUGGAUGUCAAUGAGAAGACAGAGGAAUAUGGUGAGAGUCUUGGGCGAGCGCUGGCCUUGUGGGACAAACUUUUCAACUUAAAAAACAGCAUCGACGAGUGGACCGAGAAGAUCCUUGGGAAAAUGGAGUCCCAUCAGCUGACUGAGGAGGACAGAGAAAGGCUGGAGGAAGAGUUAAAAGUCCAUGAGGAGCAAGCUUCAGAAUUUUCCAGAAGAUUGACUGACAUACAGUUGCUGCUUCAAAGUAACGAGAAGCCACUUGAGCUCCAGGUCAUGGAGUCCUCCGUCCUGAGCAAGAUGAGAGAUGUAAAAAGGUUCAUCACAGGAGAAUCCAACAGCUAUGUGCCCAGUGGGAAUACAGCUGAGCUGAGGGAGGAUCUGGACCAAGCCAAGACCCAGAUGGGGAUGACCGAGUCCCUCCUGAAUGCCUUGUCUCCCUCCGACAGCCUGGAGAUCUUCACGAAGCUCGAGGAGAUCCAGCAACAGAUCCUCCAGCAGAAGCACAGCAUGACAGUACUCGAGAAUCAAAUCGGGUGUCUCACUCCAGAGCUCUCUGAAUUGAAAAGACAGUACGCGAGUGUCAGCGACUUAUUCCACACCAAGAAGAGUGCUCUGCAAGAUCACUUUUCCACGUUCUUGACCGACCAGUGUAAGACCUUUAACGACUGGUUCAGCAACAUCCAAAUGAACCUUAAGGAGUGUUUUGAACCAUCAGAAACAAAACUGAGCAUGGAACAAAAGCUGCAAAAGCUUUCUGAUUUCUUGACACUAGGAGGAGGAACUAGUCAGAUCCAGCAGGUGGAGACUGUCCUACAGCACGUGAAGAUGCUCCUACCCAAAGCUCAUGUAAAAGAGCUUAAUAGCUGGCUUGGCAGUCAAGAACUGGAGUUAGAAAACUUGGAGUCGGCAUGCCAGGCCCGAGCCAGGGAGCUGACGGAUUCCCUGAAGCAGCUCCUGAGAUUGGAUGAUGAUUGCAGAAGCCUAAGUAAGUGGUUGACUAAUCAAGAAGAGAAGUGGAAGGAAAUGGAACUGUCGGGAGAGAAGAUGGAUCUGUUUUACAAAGCAUUAACUAGGAAGAGGGAGCAGUUUGAGAGUGUGGCCCAGAUGAACAACUCUCUGAAGGAGCAUGGGCUUACCGGAGGAGAAGAGACAAUCAAAGAAUCAACACAACUGAUUGAUAGAUACCAGACUUUAUUGAGACAAUUACACGAAAUUGAGGAAGAGGAUAAGUCGGCACCCGCCGAAGACCAGAGCUUUAAUGAUCUCGUACAUGAUGUAGCUCACUGGAUAAAAGAGAUUAAAGAGUCCCUUAUGGCUCUGAAUUCAUCAGAAGGCAAAAUGCCACUCGAAGAAAGAAUCCAAAAAAUAAAGGAAAUCAUUUUACUGAAGCCUGAAGGAGACGCCAAAAUCCAAAUGGUGAUGAGAGAAGCUGAACACUGUGAGGCCCCGUUGGUUCAGGAGACCCUUACGGAUCUCAGCAGCCAGUGGGACAACACACUCCAUCUAGCGAACACAUAUCUAAGGCAUCAAGAAAAGCUCGCGCUAGAAGGAGAGGAGUAUUUGCAGAGCAAGGAGGCCCUGCGGCUGAUGCUCGCGGAUCUGAAGAAGCAGCAGGAAGCAGGCCUCGCUCUACAACCUGGCUUGCCAGAGAAGCAAGCUCAGUUAAAGAUUUGUAAGAAAUUCCUCCAGAAAGCCCAAGAUUUGACAUCCUUGCUAGAGGAGCUAAAAGCUCAGGGCAAUUACCUCUUGGAAUGCACUAAAAAUCCUAGCUUCAGUGAGGAGCCAUGGCUGGAAAUAAAACAGUUGCAUGAAAGUCUUCUUCAGCAGCUCCAGGAUUCAGUGCGAAAACUAGAGGGUCAUGUUCAAGAACACAGUUCAUACCAAGUUUGCAUCACAGACCUCAACACCACACUGGACAAUAUCUCCAGGGAGUUUGUCCAUCUCUGUGAUACAGCUGAGGACCACAUGAGGGCUGAGGACAGAAUGCAGAAAUUGCAGGAACUGGAGUGUGGACUCCGUUGCCAAGGCGGCAUACUAAAGAAGGCUUCCGCAUUAGCAAACUCCAUCAAGCAAAAUACAUCUUCAGCAGGACAGAAGAUUAUUAAAGACGAUAUAAAAUCACUUAAGUAUAAACAAAAGGAUUUGGAAAACAGAAUUGAAUCUGCCAAGCGGGACACUGAGAAUAGUCUCAACAGCAUCCUUCAAUCCAAAGGCUCGACAGAAAAACAUGCGAAGUCUUCUCUGCCGGCUGGAGAGAUGCUGGGCACUUCUGAUGCGCCCAAGCCCACUCAGGAGUCAGCGGCAGUGGGAGAGUCAGAGGGAAACUGGGAAACAAACAAGAACUCAGCUGUGGAAAUGACUUUGUCAAAACAACUUUCCCUCAACGUUCAAGAAAGCAUGCAAAACACCCAAGAUGAGCGGAAAGUCAACGAGCUGCGAAAUCAACCUUUAGAAUUGGACAUUAUGUUAAGAAAUGAACAAUUAAAAGGGAUGGAGGAAUUAUAUGCCCACUUGGAAGCCAGAAAAGAAGCCAUUGACCUUCUGGAACAAUCUCAACAUCUCAGUGAAACAGAAGGAAGAGCCCUGGUUCUGCCCCCUGCCAGAUCUCCAGCGUAUCAUGUGGACAGUCUACUUCAGGCUCUUCUCACUUUAAAGAAAGCUAGAGAAAGCCAGUAUGGCCUCCUGAAUGGUUUUCAAGACCAGCUAGUUGCAGCUGAAUCCUUACUGAACACCUUCUUGGCAGAAGCAGAAAGUCUCAAAGCCGGCUCACUAGACAGUACAACCUAUCUGGGCAAAAUCAAGAAGUUCCUGGGAUCCGUAGAAAAAGAAAAAGUCUCUCUGAGUAAGCUUCACACGGAAUGGGACCAUUUAUCCAGCCUUCUGAGCCCUGAGGAUCAAAAGCUGGUGGAGAGCCAAAUGAAGCAACUUGAACACGGAUGGGAGCUUGUGGAGCAGCUGGCUCACCGGAAAUGUUUUCAGCAAGCCACUGAACACGGUGAACUCGCCUACCUCCUGAAGAAGGCCCAGGACAUCGGGGUUUCUCUACAUGAGCAGCAACCGCGCCUACAGCUAAGUCUGAACUCUCCAGAACAACAGGAGGAGAGCGUGGGCAUGGUUGCCCCAGCCGCUGAGAUCCAGGCAAUCAAAUAUGAAUUUUCUGGUUUAAAGCGGCAAGCGGAGCUUCAGAUGAAGAGACUUUGGGGAGAAAGGGAAAAGGAAACUCUGGAAGACACACUAAAUAAUCUGAAUAAGGAACUGGAGGCACUGGAGCCAUUAAACCGAGAGGCAGAGAAUCGGAUUAAGAAGUGGGACCUGAAGAACAGGGUGAAAGAGACCCUCUUAUGGGUCAAGAACAUGGUGGCCGAGCUCACUGCCCCCAUCUCCCUCCUCCCCGAUGACAUCCUUGCUCAGAUCAGAAAGUGCAAGUUGAUUCAUGAUGGCAUUCUGGGUAAGCAGCAGGCAGUGGACGUGCUGGUGGAAGAGGCCAGAGGCCUCACUCCCAGCCUCGCAGCAUGUGAGAGCCAUGCUUUAAAUACCCUGCUGGAGGAUUUACAGAAUCAAUACCAAGCACUGCUUUUAAAAUCAACUCAGCGGUCACAGCAACUAGAAUUGAAGUUGGAAGAAAGAAGCAAAUUGUUUGCUGUAAUAGAAAAGGCUCAACUGGCGCUUGAACAAGGUGAGACCCUGAUGAUUCCCACGUGGGAGAAAGCCUCCACGGAGGCCGAUCUGGAGCGUCAAGGGGCCGUCUUGAAGGCAUCCCAGCAGCAACUGAGAGACAUGGAGAGUGCGAUCUCAGCACAUCUUCAGGAACUCACGAACGCCUACAAGGAUGCAGAUGUGUUUGAGAGAUUGUUUCUGGAUGAUCGGUUAAAAAACCUCAAAACCAGGACCAGCCAAACACAAAGACUCAUCCAGAAUAGCUGUAACGAAAUGGAACGCAAGAUCAGGUCUCAGCAAGAGUUCCGCGAAAAAGCAGCUGUGCUUCAGAGAGAGGUUGAGAGCCUCCAGCUCGGCGAGCUUCUCCCGCUUCAUCAAGAGCCGCACCAGGAUGCUAAAGCCCAGCUCUGCCAUCUUAAAGACAAGCUGGCUGCUCUUCGAGGCAGCAUCUCACAAGUGUUGACGUCUGAAGAAGUGUUUGACUCAGAAGGUCUAGCCUGGGAUGGCUCGCUGCUCGAGCAGUUACAGACCCAAGUUCUUGAAAGGGAAAAGGAACUGGAAGAAAAAAUUAAGCAGCUAGACAUAUUUUUAAUAGCACGCAACAGGUACCAGGCCUUACUAAGUAAGAUAAGGGCUAUGGAUUUGCAGAUUAAGAAAAGGGCCAAAUCACUGCCCAAAGCCCCUAAUAUGUCACCAGAAAGCACGCUGCUCAAUGCACAAAUUUUGAUUCAGAAAAUUGAAAAAGCCAAACGCUUGCGUGAUGAGUUGAUGAAGAAACUAAGCAAAAGUGAGGCUUUUGGCGACUCAUUCAAAGAGAGCGAGAUGCUGCAGCUAAAGCUAAACGCAGAAGACAAUGCUAGGCUUCAAGAGGAUCUCCAGAACAUGCUGCUAGAAUUGCAACCGAAAGCAAUGGACGAAAAGGCUCUCCAGGACAAACUAGAAAACUCCCUGCAUGUUUUCAAGCAAAUAAAGUCUCGGCUACAGCAGCCUCUAUGUGUAAAUUUGGGGACUCAACAUAUUCAAAAUGAGAAGGAGACCUGGGAAGCAUUUGGUGAGCAAGUUCAGGCCGAAGUGUGUGGUAUCAGAGCCAUGAAGGUUGCUGAGGAACAAAGAGAAGAAAACACUUCCGGAACCAGUGACAUGGAGGCAAAAUUGCAGGACCUUGAAGGUCUGCAUGUGGAGCUGAACAAAAACAUUGAUUUGCGCUCGAAUAUCCUGGAUGAUGCCUAUGAAAAUGCAACCCAGUACGAGGAGCUGGUCACGAGGGCAGCGGGGAUCAUCUCGUCUCUGGAAGCCAUGCUUCUGUGCUACAGACCAGACCUUCACCAUCCCAAAGAAUCUUUGGAGCUGGCCCGCUGUAAGCAAGAGGAAUUGCAGUCUACAGUAGCAGAAAUCCGGAACCUCACGGAGACCUUGGGGACGAUCUCCAGCCCUGAGGCCAAAGAGCAACUGCAGGGUACUUUACAAGACCUAGCUUCUAAGAACUCCGCCCUGAAGGUGGGGCUGGAGGCCCAGGAAGCAGAUGAUAGAAGGUGCCUAGAGAAUUACAAAUGCUAUAGAAAAAUGAAAGAGGAAAUUUGCUCUCGGCUCAGGAAAAUGGAGACAGAUCUCAGACAGUCCAUGUCCCCGUUGCCCAGGUCCUACAAAGAAGCUUUAGCCAACCUGGAUCAGAGUAAGGCCCUCACAGCAAGUCUCCUGUCAAUCCAAGGAGACUUAGUGAGCCUCCGCCAGGUCCUCAGACACCUGAGAUGCAGGUGCACAGAAAGCGAUGGCGCGUGUGUGCUCCCAGUGGCCUCUGCUCUGUGGGAGAAGUGGCUGAGUUUGCUGGAAGCCUCCAGGGUGUGGCAGCAGUGGAGUGGAGACCUGAAGAGAGAGUGGAAGUUCAUCAGUGAGGAGAUUGAACGAGAAGCAAUAAUUUUAGAGAGUCUUCAGGAGGACCUUCCAGAAGUUUCCAGAACAAAGGACGCAGCUCCCACAGAGGAACUCCGACAGCUCUUGGACUCUCUGUGCCAGCAUGAGGGGAGCGUGGAGAAGCAGCAGCAGCUGCUGACCCUGCUUCUUCAGCGCAUAACGAGCAUCCAGAACAUUCCAGAAGGUACAGAGGCUGUGGAAACCAUCCCAGCACUUCAGGAGAUUAGGUCUAUGCAGGAACGGUGCAACAGGCUUCUUCAGGCAACUCAAAAGAAUAAGGACUCAGUCCAGACCGAAAUCCAGGCGCGGCAUUCUUUCAUGAAGGAAAUAAGUGAUGUGAAGCGUUCUUUUGAAGGGAUCGCAACUUCUUUCCAAAACCUGGCACCGGAAGACCAUCCAGAAAGGGCAGGAGAGUUGGAGGAGCUGCGAAGCGUUCUCGAGAGAGGCAAGCUGACUUUCGAGAACAUCAUGGAAAAACUGCGCAUCAAGUAUUCCGAAAUGUACAGCAUAGUCCCCGCGGAGAUUGACUCCCAGGUGGAAGACUGCAGGAAGAUGCUGGAAGAAGCCGAUGAGAAGAUGAGCCAUGAAAUCUCGAAGAGUUCCCCAUCAUAUGUCAUGAGGAGGAAGAUAGAAGACAUUAGCCAUGGGCUUCAUUGCAUUGAGAAGAUGCUGCAACAGAAAAGCAAAAACAUUGAGGAAGCGCAAGAAAUUCAGAAGAAAAUAUGGGAUGAACUCGACCUCUGGCAUUCCAAGCUGAAUGAGCUGGACUCUGAAGUUCAGGACUUUGUCGAGCAGGACCCAGGACAGGCUCAAGAGUGGAUGGAUAACCUCAUGGCUCCUUUCCAGCGGCAUCAGCAAGUAUCCCAGAGAGCAGAAUCCAGAACCUCACAGCUCAACAAGGCCACAAUCAAGAUGGAAGAAUAUAGUGAUCUUCUGAAAAACACAGAGGCGUGGCUAGAGAAGACCGGCCGUCUGCUAGCCACUCCUGCUUGCUAUGACUCUUCAAAGACCCUGAGCCACCGAGCCAGCACCCUUCAGAUGGCUCUGGAAGAUUCUGAGCAGAAGUACAACCUUCUACAUUCAGUGUUCACAGAUCUAGAAGACCUGUCGCUCAUUUUUGAAACUGACGACUUAAUCCAGUCCAUCCAAGAGUUAAGUGGUCAGGUGGCAGCUUUACAGCAGCAGAUAGUGGAGGACCUUCCACACAUCCAGCAGGUGGCAGACGAUGUGGUUGCCAUCGAGUCCGAAGUAAAAUCAAUGGAAAAAAAGGUCGCGAAAAUCAAAGCUAUCCUGUUAUCCAAAGAAAUAUUUGAUUUUUCUCCUGAAGAACACCUCAAGCAUGGGGAGGUCAUACUUGACAACAUCCAUGCCAUGAAAAAAACUAUUGCUGAGAUAAUGACCUACCAGAUGGAGCUGAGGUUACCCCAGACAGCAAGCAGACCCCUGCCUGUGUUUCAGAGGACACAUGAGCUUUUACAAGAUGUGAAGCUGCUGGAAAAUGUGACGCAGGAGCAGAAUGAGUUGUUAAAGGUUGUCAUAGAACAGACUGCUGAAUGUGAUGGUGAAAUAGAAAAUCUGAAACAGAUGUUAAGUAAUUACUCAGCUGAGUUUUCCCCGGAACAUGUGUCACGAGAGCAAGCUGCCGGCCUGCCUUCAAUACAGAGAGAGACGGAAGGGUUGGAAGAAAAGAUUCUGAAUCUCAACCAGAAGAAGACAGACCUGCUGGUGGGCUUGAAGGCGACUGUACUGAACCUUCACGAGCACCUGAAGCAAGAGCAGCAAGAAGGAGGACAGGGAGAUGAGCUGCCCUCAGAAGAGGGCGGGGUCGCCGAGAGGGGUGCCUCCGACAGGAAGCUGACCAGAACAAGCUCCAUGUCCUUCCUGCCAGUGGUCCAGGAGGAGGCAGAAGAAAGCUCCGUGAAGAGUGAAGAUGGACAUGGGAGGGCAGAGCCACCGUCUGCAUCCUGGGCUCUUCCGUGGAAGCAUAGCAAGGACCUGGAGGAGGACGGGGCAUCCUCAACCUCUGCCACCAUUGUGCAGGAGGCAGAUGGGAGAAUUAGCACCUGUGACGCUUCUAUGGCACAUAUUAUUGCACCAGACUCGGGAAGCACUGAGCCAGGCCCAGACCCUUCCCCGAGGCUCAGCCAAACUGCAAGGGGUGCCACACCUCCCAUUGAGGCUUCACCUCUGGACUUUCCUCACGAGCAAGGCGCCUUUGAAGCCACCGUGGAGAGAAGUAGGCCUCAGCCUGCAGAAGUCCUCCAUGUCUGCAAGACCCAAGUGGCCGAGCUGGAGCUGUGGCUGCAACAAGCCAACGUGGCGUUUGAGCCAGAAACAUUAGACCCAGACAUGCAGCAGGUGGUGGAACAGGAGCUGGCUGGGUGCCAGGCAAUGCUGACGGAGAUUGAGCACAAGGUGGCUUCUCUGUUAGAUACCUGUAAAGACCAGGGCCUGGGAGACUGCGGAGCCACUCAGCAAGAGGCCGAAGCCCUUUCCUGGAAACUCAAGACUGUGAAGUGCAACUUGGAAAAGGUCCAGAUGAUGCUUCAGGAGAAGCACAGCGAGGACCAGCAUCCCACCACUGUGAAGCAACCAUCAGAGUCCUACACCAUCUUCCAGCCAGUCAGCUUUCCUGAGCUUGAAUCCAUCAUAACUGAAAGGCCACAGUUCAGCAAACAGAAGGACGUUCCCCAGACACAGGUUCUGGCAUUAAAACCGUUGGAACAGAAAGAUUUAAUUAAGUUCACAGAAUUCAAUGCCAAGAAAACAUGGCUGCAGUAUUGCCAACAGGAUAAAGAUGCAAAUCAGGAAUCAGCUCCGAGCGGCAAGGUUCCUGACCCUGGAAAUGCGGCUCCAGGUUCAGCCUUGUCACCCCAGGGCCAAAGUGGUGACAAGUGGCUGUACCUUCACCAUGAACUAACUUCAAGACCAAAUCUCCCAGGACUUCAGCUCGUGGAGCCUCAGGUGGCCACAAAUACAAGCACGCUGCCCAGUGUGAGUGUGUAUAACUUCAGAUGCCCUACGGCCGAUGAACUGCACACUUAUACCACCCAGCUCGAAGAUCUUCGCCUAGAAGCAAACCGCCUUCAGACCCAGGAAAGUAUGACAGAAGAAACAUACACCAAUUUUGAUAAAAGAUUGUUUGAACUCUUUCUGAGCCUCAGUCGCUACCUGGGCAGUGUGGAGGAGCUGCUGCAGAGACCUGAGCUGCUCAGGGAGGAUGCGGCUGCCCAGCAGGCACUUUUUGAGAAACUGGCUCUGGAGCUGAAGAAACUUUAUUUAGCUCUGGGCGACAAGAAGGAUGCUCUUCUGAAAGCUGUGACGUGGCAUGGCAGGGACACCACGCUGCUACCUGAGUGUUUUGAUGCUCUGAAAGUCAGUCUGGAGCGUGCCCAGGAAAAAGCUUCCUGGAGGAGCUCAUCCCUGAAGGCUGGCCUUGACCACAGCUGCAGCUAUCAGAAUGAAAUAAAGCGAUUAUACAAUCAACUCAUUAAGAAGAAAAUGGCUUUACAGCAGUCUUUGAACGCGAUCAGUGGACAGAGUAUUGGCGAACAGCUUCAGAAGGCAGAUGUGCAUACAGUAGAGUUGCAGAACUCGGAGAGGCAAGUCGCCAAACUAAGGAACGAAGGGGAAAGGUUCCGUUUCCCUCAUGUUUUACUCCAGGAUGUUUACAAGUUGGAGGAUGUUCUUGACAGUAUGUGGGGAAUCCUGAGAGCCAAAUACCUAGAACUCAGCAGCCCGUUCCUCUCCCAGAGCCAGCAGGAUGCCUUGCUGCAAGGCAUGGUGGAACUAGUCAGUAUUGGAAAAGAAAAGCUUGCAAGUAGCCCCUUGCAACACGCCAAGAGUAAAGUUGCUUUGGAGGCUCAAUUACAAGAUCACAAGGGAUUUUUCCAGAAGCUCGUCGCUGACAUGUUGUUGAUUCAAACCUAUUCGGCCAAAAUGUCUCCACCAUCGUUGCAAAAGGGUGAGAGAUUUGGGGCAGAACAAGAGGCCGAAGUGAGAGCUCUGGGGGAAGAGGCCUGCCUGCGAGGCUCCCAGCUUCAGAGUGUGCUGCAGAAAUGGGAAGAAUUUGAUGACAACUACGCAUCUCUUGAGAAGGACCUGGAAGUUCUUGUCUCUUCGUUGCCCUCUGUGAGUCUGGUGGAAGAGACGGAAGAAAGAUUGCUGGAAAGGAUUUCAUUUUAUCAGCAAAUAAAAAGAAACAUUGACGGAAAGCAGGCGCGGCUCUGCCAGACCUUGAAUGAAGGCAAACAGCUGGCGGCAUCUGUGAGCUGUCCUGAGCUGGAGGGCCAAAUCACCAAGCUAGAAGAGAAGUGGUUGACCCUCAACAAGAAGAUUGACCACGAGUUCCACAGACUACAAACCCUGCUUAAGCAUCUCCUCAGUUACAGCAGGGACUCGGACGAGCUGACCAGAUGGCUGGAAUCUUCUCAGCAAACAUUGAAUUACUGGAAAGAACAGUCCCUCAACGUGUCUCAGGACCUGGAUACAAUCAGAAGCAACAUUGACAGGUUUUUUGAAUUUUCCAAGGAAGUUGAUGAGAAGUCCUCCCUGAAGUCUGCAGUACUGAGCACUGGGAACCAGCUUCUCCACCUGAAGGAGGCAGACACAGCCACGCUGAGAUCCUCUCUGGCACAAUUCGAGCAGAAGUGGACAAUGCUGAUAACCCAGCUUCCAGACAUUCAAGAGAAACUUCACCAGCUUCAGAUGGAGAAAUUGCCUUCUCGCAGCGCCAUCUCCGAGAUGAUCAGCUGGAUGGAUGCCGUGGAGCCUCAGGCUGCAGGAGAGGACGCUGAGCUCUCCCAGCAUUCUGCGGCUCAGGUCAAAAGUCGUCUGCAGAAGCUCAAGGAGUUCAGAAUGGAGAUGGACUACAAGCAAUGGAUAGUUGACUUUGUUAACCAGUCACUGCUUCAGCUAAGCACCUGCGAUGUCGAAAGCAAGCGCUAUGAAAGGACGGAGUUUGCCGAGCACCUGGGGGAGAUGAACCGCCAGUGGCACCGAGUGCACGGAAUCCUGAAUAGAAAGAUACAACAUUUGGAACAACUUCUGGAAAGUAUCACCGAGAAUGAAAACAAAAUACAGAAUUUGAACAAUUGGUUGGAGGCACAGGAAGAGAAGUUGAAGAUACUCCAAAAACCCGAAAGUGCCAUCUCCAUGGAGAAGCUCCUCCUGGACUGCCAGGACAUAGAAAAUCAACUUGCCGUGAAAUCUAAAGCACUGGAUGAGCUGAGACAAAGCUCGCUGACUCUGGAGGGGGGAGACUUGCCGCUGUUAGAAGACAUGGCGUCCGAAAUUGAUGACCUGUUUCAAAAGAAGAGUGAUGUGACCAGCCAGGUCCAUCGGCUCAGGGCUUCCACGCAGUCAGCGCUACAGGAGUGGAAGGCCUUUGACAAGCUCUACGAUGAGGCCAAUGUGGCAACAAUCCAGCUGGCAUACUCCAUGGAGCACAGCAAGCCCGCCGUUUUGUCAAUGGAGGCCUUGGACUGCCAGGUGCAGAGCCUUCAGGCCCUUCAGGAUGAAGCUGAGAGCAGGGAAGGGAGCUGGGAGAAGCUGCGGGAAGUUAUUGGCAGACUCGAAGAUUCCUGCCCCCCCAUUGCUGGAAUAAUGAAAGAGAAAUGCCAAGAUGCUCAUUCAAGGUGGACCCGGGUGAACCAGGACCUUGCAGACCAGUUGCAGGAGGCCCGAAGUCAGUUGCAGCUCUGGAAGGCUUCUCACAGUGCUCACAUAGAAGCCGCAGCCCGGCUACAGCAGCAGGAGGCCAAGUUCCAGCAGCUUGCCAACAUCAAUAUGUCAGGAAACAACCUGGCAGACAUCCUGCCCCCGGCCCUGCAGGACAUAAAGGAGCUGCAGCACGAUGUACUGGAGACCAAAGAGGCCUUCCUUGCAAACUCCACCCUCCUGGACCAGCUCCCAAAGCCCGCAGACCCCAGCACCCCUGGGCUCCAUUCUGGACAGCUGCACUCCCUCCAGACAGCUGCCUAUCUGGAGAAGAUGCUGCUGGCGAAAUCCAAUGAAUUUGAGACUGUUCUGGCACAUUUUAAGGAUUUUGGGGACCGGCUGGACUAUUUAAAAGAUCUUAUUAUGCACGAGGACGAAAACUUGAAUAAACUUUACCAUGAAGAAACAGAAGAAGUUCCUGGAUCAUUCCUGAGCCAUGUACUGGUACUGACAGCUCAGUCACCUGACAUUGAACGUUUGAAUGAAGAGAGCCUACGGCUCCCCCUCAGUGACAUAACAAUAAAAACAUUACAAAAUGUGAACCGGCAGUGGGUCCGGGCAACGGCCACAGUGGUGGACCACUGCAGCAAACUUCAGGGAAAUGGGUUGAAUGAAAACUUCCUUCAUUACUGUGAGAAAUGGAUCCAGCUUCUGGAGAAGGUGAAAGAAGCACUUGCCGUGAACGUCGCCCACAGCCUCCCAGCUCUCCGGGAGCAACAGAAAACCUAUGAGCUGUUGGAAGCUGAAGUUUCUAUCAACCAGACAGUUGCUGAUGCUUAUGUGGCCCAGUCCUUACAGCUCCUGGACACAGCAGAAACCGAGAUCAGGCCAGAAUUUGUCUCCGAAGUCUCAAAGCUCUCAGAUGGAUGGCAGAGCGCUGCCCUGGGUGUCCAGCAGAGGAAGCGUGACAUCGACAGGCAGGUGGCACAGUGGCAGUUCUUCACCACCUCUGUGGAGGACUUACUCCGUUUCCUCACUGACACCGGCCACCUCCUGUCUGCCGUGAAGGAGCAGGACCGUCACAGCCUCUGCCAAACCAGACGCCUCAUCCAUGAGCUGAAGAACAAAGAGAUCCAUGUUCAGAGGCGGCGAACCACCUAUGAGCUGGCCUUGGAGGCCGGGGAGAAAUUACGGAACACACCCAGCCUGGAAAGUAAAGAGUUCAUUGACAGACAAGUCAGCAAGCUUCAGGACACCUGGAAGGACACUGAGCUCAGCCUGGGAGAGAUGAUCAGCCAGCUCCAGACCACAGCCGAGACCUGGGACCAGUGUGAAAAGAAAAUCAAGGAGCUGCAAAGCAGGCUGCAAGUCCUGAAAGCACAAAGCAGAAAUCCUCUCCCCGAACUUCACGAGGACCUCCACAGAGAAAAGGAGCUGAUUAAGGAAGUCGAGAAGCCUCUUGCUAACUGGACGUACAACUUGAAAGAGCUUCAAACUAUGAAGGCGGACUUGAGCCGGCACAUCCUGGCGGAGGACGUGACGGUUCUGAAGGAGCAGAUUGAGCUUCUACACAGACAAUGGGAGGAUCUCUGCCUGAGAGUGGCUAUCCGCAAGCAGGAGAUUGAAGACAGGCUCAAUUCAUGGAUCGUGUUCAAUGAAAAAAACAAGGAAUUGUGUGCCUGGCUGGUCCAGAUGGAAAACAAAGUUCUACAGACAGCGGAUAUUAGCAUUGAAGAGAUGAUUGAAAAGUUACAGAAGGAUUGCAUGGAAGAAAUAAGCUCGUUCAGUGAAAGCAAGCUGCAGCUGAAACAGAUGGGCGAGCAGCUAAUCAAGGCCAGCAGCAAGGCCAAGGCGGCCGAGAUGGAGGACAAGCUCAGCAAAAUCAACGACCGCUGGCAGCAUCUUUUUGAUGUCAUUGGAUCGAGGGUGAAGAAGCUGAAGGAGACGUUUGCUUUCAUUCAGCAGUUAGACAAAAACAUGAGCAACCUUCGCACCUGGUUGGCACGAAUCGAGUCUGAGCUCUCCAAGCCCGUGGUUUACGAUGUCUGUGAUGACCAUGAGAUCCAGAAGAGGCUUGCUGAGCAACAGGACCUGCAGCGAGAUAUCGAACAGCACAGUGCGGGGGUAGAGUCUGUGUUCAAUAUCUGUGAUGUCCUAUUGCAUGACUCCGAUGCCUGUGCCAAUGAAACGGAGUGUGACUCAAUCCAGCAGACAACCAGGAGCCUGGACAGGCGCUGGAGGAACAUUUGCGCCAUGUCGAUGGAGCGGCGCAUGAAGAUCGAGGAGACCUGGCGGCUGUGGCAAAAGUUUUUGGAUGACUAUUCCCGCUUCGAGGACUGGCUCAAGUCUGCCGAGAGGACGGCGGCCUGCCCAAAUUCCUCCGAGGUGCUGUAUACAAAUGCCAAAGAGGAGCUGAAGAGGUUUGAGGCCUUUCAGCGGCAGAUUCAUGAAAGACUGACCCAGCUGGAGCUCAUCAACAAACAGUACCGGCGGCUGGCUAGGGAGAACCGCACCGACACAGCCAGCAAACUGAAGCAGAUGGUGCACGAGGGUAACCAGCGUUGGGACAACCUGCAGAAGCGGGUCACCGCCAUCCUGCGAAGACUACGGUAUUUCACCAACCAAAGGGAAGAGUUUGAGGGCACCAGGGAGAGCAUUCUGGUAUGGCUCACGGAGAUGGACCUGCAGCUGACCAACGUGGAGCACUUCUCAGAGAGUGACGCUGAGGACAAGAUGCGCCAGCUGAAUGGCUUCCAACAGGAGAUCACACUAAACACCAACAAGAUCGACCAGCUCAUCGUGUUCGGGGAGCAGCUCAUCCAGAAGAGCGAGCCCCUGGAUGCUGUGCUGAUCGAAGACGAGCUGGAGGAGCUGCACCGCUACUGUCAGGAGGUGUUUGGCAGAGUGUCCCGCUUCCAUCGGCGACUGACCUCCCACGCCCCGAGCCUAGAAGAUGAGAAGGAAGCCUCCGAGAAUGAGACGGACAUAGAAGACCCAAGAGAGAUCCAGGCUGACUCUUGGCGUAAGAGGAGAGAGAUGGAGGAGCCACCGUCUUCCCAGUCACUGUGCCACCUUGUGCCCCCAGCUCUGGGGCAUGAGCGGUCUGGCUGUGAGACCCCCGUCAGUGUGGACUCGAUCCCGCUGGAGUGGGAUCACACAGGUGAUGUGGGGGGAUCUUCUUCUCAUGAAGACGACGAGGAGGGUCCGUUCUACAGCGCACUAUCAGAUGUAGAAAUCCCUGAAAAUCCUGAGGCAUAUCUUAAAAUGACCACAAAAUCUUUGAAAGCAUCUUCUGGCAAAUCCAUUGCUGAGGGCCACACGUGGCAUGUUCCAGACAGCCCUUCCCAUGCCAAGCAUCACUACAAACCAGUGGAAGAUGACAGGACUGUGGCGCCGGUCCCUUCAGAUGCCAGCACCCCUUACAAACCAACCUACGUAAAGUUCCUAUUACGUCAAGGCACUGAUGAUGGCAAAGAAGGCGCAAGAGGCUCAAAGGGCAGUCCCCAGCAGGAAGGUGAACAGCUGGACACUUUAACGGGACAGCAGUCAGGUGCCUUCGACAGAUGGGAGCUGAUUCAAGCGCAGGAGCUUCACGGCAAACUCCGAAUAAAGGAGAACGUGCAGCGGCUUAAUUCUGACAUCGGCACCAUUGCCGCUUGGCUUGAAAAAACUGAAGCGGAGCUGGAAGCCCUGAGGCUGGCAGAGCCUCCCUCCGACGUCCAGGAAACGGCACUCAGGGUGAAGAAACUGCAAGAGAUAUUAAAAGCCUUUGCUACCUACAAGACCUUGAUGGUCUCCGUCAACGUGAGUCACAAGGAAUCUCUGCCGAGCGAGAGCCCCGAAUCCACAGAACUCCAAAAUAGGCUCCACCAACUGAGCCUGUCCUGGGACACGGUCCAGGGGGUGAUGGACAGCUGGAGAGGGGACUUACGACAGUCACUCAUGCAGUGCCAGGACUUCCACCGGCUGAGUCAGGACUUGCUCCUGUGGCUAGCGAGUGCAGAGAGCCGAAGGCAGAAGGCACGCGUCGCCAGCCCAGAGGCAGACCGUGAGGUGCUUCUGGAGUGUCAGAAAGAGCUGACGCAACUGGAAAAGGAGUUGGAAGACCGUCAGCCUCAAGUCAGCUCCUUGCAGGAGAUUUCCUCCAGCCUUCUCGUUAAGGGGCAUGGAGAAGACUACAUUGAGGCCGCAGAGAAGGUCCAUGUAAUCGAGAAGAAACUCAAACAGCUGCGUGAGCAAGUGGCUCAAGAUCUGAUGUCCUUGCAGGAAAGACUGAAUCCCGACCCCUCUCUGGCCAGCUUUGAUGAAGUGGACACAGGGGAACAGCCUCCAGCUGCCUCUGUACCGGCUUCCUAUGCAAAGCAGUUUGGAGCGGAGAGAUCUACCGACGAGGAAGAGGAGACAGACAGCAGGAUGUCCCACCUCAAUGGCCCUGGCAGCUCACAGCCAAGGCGCUCCUUCCUCUCAAGGGUGAUCAGGGCAGCGCUGCCCUUGCAGCUGCUCCUGCUCCUGCUGCUGCUCCUGGCCUGCCUGCUGCCCGCCUCUGAAGAAGACUACAGCUGCACCCAGGCCAACAACUUCGCCCGUUCCUUCUACCCCAUGCUGCGGUACACCAACGGGCCGCCUCCCACCUAGAGGAUUCUGCCGGCUGCAGUGCCACGCCCACUAGCCUGUUGGCCACAGGUGAUCAGCUCAACCUGUGAGUGACUCAGCCUUGACGAGAUGCAGGGACCUGCUGCAGAAUGGACUCUAGGGGCCCACGACAACUCAGACAAGAUGUCCUUCCUCUGGGCUAGAACCAAGUACACAGCAGGACCUGGCCUUCAAAGCUAGCAAUGGGCUCCAAGAACUCUGGAAAGGGGGACUUCCCAAAGAGCCACGCACUUUGUAAAACACUGUAUUAUAGCACAGCUGUUAUACGGCCCACAGACAAUGAUGUUCAGCACAUAAAUGAACUCUAUCCAAGAAGCUAGUAGGUCCCUACCUUAGUAAUGGUUCGGGAACUCCGAUCAUGGUUGGUUCAGACACAUUUGAAAUGUUGAGAAUCAGUUUUCCUCCAGUCGGCCAGCAGUCUGCGCUCCCAGUUAUAAACUAAAAUGUCCUGUUCCGUACCUGGGUCAGCUCUUUUAUAUUGCUUUAAAAAAAUUUUUUUUCAAAGAAAUUUUAUUGCAUGGAUGUGGUUAUUUUAACACCGCUGAAUCUGUAUGAAUAAUGUAAACUUUGAUUUAGAAAAAAAAGAUUUUUAGCUUGAGUUUUGGACUAAUGUACAGUAAAUGCCAAGCUCCAGACUUGAUAGGAAUGUUUUUAUAAGUUAAUUUUUUAAGACUUUUUAUGUUUUGAAGAGACACUUUGGGUCUGGUUGAGCUGUUUGGCCACCAGGGGUUAGAACUAUUUGUGAUAUGUAAAACUCAGAUGUUUCUCAUAAAAAAAAAAAAAAAAGCCGGACUGUUGUAUUGGACUCUGUCAGAGGGCAGGUAGUCACCUGAUCCCACCUGCUCCCAUAGACCCCACAGUCACCACAUGUGGCCCAGACCUGUAGGUAGGCUGACUCUGCUCUCCUUCCCCAGGUCCCCAUUAGGACUCCCCCCUCCUCUCGGCCCUUCUCUCUCCCUUUGAGGUUCACCCGAUCCCGGUGGCCCUAUAGCCACCACCUGUCAUUAGUGCAGGCCUGGGUCGGCUGCUCACUUUCCUUCCCCUUAUCCUCCAUGUGGGUCAUCCAAGUCACUCUGGUUGCUUCUCAGGGAGCACCCCCUCCUCUUAGCCUGUCUUCCUCCCUCCAGGGACCCUUCAGCCAUCACAUGAGCCCUGCCAGCUGCCCUAUCCAGCCUUGAGAGCCAGGACAGUCCAUACUGCCAGGAGAAACUUGUUCUAGAACCGAAACACACCAGACUGUGGCAGAGAAACAGGAGACCUGGAGAGAGGCUGUAUCCCCAUUUACCAAACCAGAAAUCAAGAUUCUCAGAGCUGCUGUGAAUUAGCAUCCUGAACACCUCAACCAGCAAACUCCAGAUGUGCAAAUCCCAACUCAGAGAACAGGAAAAAUCCAAAUAGCAUGUCACCUCAGGAAAAAAACAAUACAAUUCCCAUAGUAAUGGCCCCUAGUGGAGAUGACAUAGAAGAACUUACAGAGUUCAAAAGAAUGGUUGUAACUAUGGUCAAACAACUCAGACGACAGAGAGGUGAAUGAAAUAAGGAAACUGGUCCAAGACAUGAAAAUAGUUUGAAUUUUUAAAAAAAAUUUCAAAUGGAAAAAAAUGUUAGAAACGAAAGACUCAGUAAACCAAUUAAAAACCUCAAUGGAAAGCCUCUGCAACAAAAUGGAUUGUGUCUAAAACAGACGGGGACGGAAGACAAAAUAGAGGAACUGGAUCAGUCAGUAAAG